AUCAUUAGAGGUCUCCACAGUCAGAGUUGAUAUUCCUCUCGUUUGUCGGUUAGUUUACUUACAACGAAAAUAUAACCUAACGGUGAUUCUCUUGGACUAAUUUGUUAUUAAGCAGUUUUAAUUGACAAAUGUGUUAAGGUGAGCGCAAUAUUUUUUAUGCAAUGGCAAACGACAGGGAGGUACUUCGAGAAAUCUGGGAUGGCAAGAUCCCAAUCUGUUUUACUCUCAACUCUGAGGAAAUUAGCGAUUUACAAGGACCAGAUCCAUUUUAUCUGAUGGUAUCUAGAUUAAGUUAUUUUCCACUUUGUACAGAGAAGGUUCGGAAACAUUUCAUACGACAUAUACAAAGCGACAGUAAACAGGAGCACGAGAUGUGGCUAGAAUUCAAUGGAAUACCAUUAAAGUGGCAUUAUCCAAUUGGUGUUCUACUGGAUAUUUAUUUCAAUGACAUUCAGUUACCUUGGAACAUUGUCGUCCACUUUGAUAAGUUUCCAGAGAAUGUUCUAAUGCACUGUCAAAACAAAGAAGUUGUAGAGGCACAUUUUCUCUCUUGUAUAAAAGAAGCUGAUGUUUUGAAACAUAGAGGCCAAAUUGUCUCUAGUAUGCAGAAAAAGGAUCACACCCAGUUAUGGAAUGGUAUUAUGAAUGAUAAAUUCGAUCAGUUCUGGUCGGUGAAUGGUAGGCUUAUGGAAACCAAUACUGAAGAGGGAUUUAAAUAUAUACCUUUUCGUUGCUAUACAAGUGAAGAUAAAUACAUACAAAGACUUGUAAAACCAAUAAAUGAAGAGGGCCAAAGAAAGACUUUGAAACAUUUGUUAAAUGAAGUAUUCCCAGAUCAAGAAAAUGUUACAGUGCGCACCCAUGGCAUUGUGCCACCAUUAGAGACGCCGCUUCAAUGGAUGUCAGAACAUUUAAGCUAUCCAGAUAACUUCCUACACUUAAUCGUAGUUACAUUGUAAUAUAUAUUGAGGAACGGAAUGAAAUUCAUUAUGAAGAAGGAAAUUCAUUAUGAAUAAUAAUAUAAUUUUUCUGUGAUUACCAUGUACAUUUUGCUUUGUUGUUUUGUGAUGAUGUAUUUAUUUUAUAAAAAUCUUUCAUGAAAAUUAUGAAUUGUAACAAAAUUAAUUGGUACCAAAGACUAUGAUAUAAAGGGAAAGAAAUAUCUAUCCAAAA